AUGGAUGUCGAGCUAUAUGUCUAUGACCUGUCUAAGGGUCUUGCGCGUGUGUACUCGCAACCCUUAACAGGGACACAAAUGGAUGCCAUCUAUCACACCUCGCUGGUGGUCAGUGGGGUUGAGUACUACUUUGGUCAAGGCAUCCAAACCGCCGUUCCCGGCAGCACCCAUCAUGGGCAGCCGAUGGAGAAAGUCCAUAUGGGGAAAACGGAGCUCCCGAGCGAUGUUAUUGAAGAGUAUCUCGGCUCCUUAGCGACAAUAUACACGCCAGAGUCCUACGAUCUCUUUCUGCAUAACUGCAACAACUUCACCCAAGACUUUGCCAUGUUUCUCGUUGGCAGGAGUAUCCCAGAUCACAUCCGAAAUUUGCCUCGCACCUUCUUGGAGACUCCGUUUGGGCAAAUGAUGAAGCCUCAGAUUGAAAUGGCCCUGAAGGGCAUCACACAGGGCUCUGGUCCAAGUGCCGUUCCCGGACCAAGCGCCCAAGCACCACUAGCAAGACCUACCCCGGCGCUAAGAGCACCUCAACCUAUGGAUGCCAUUCCUCGGACACUCGGCAAAGUUCGUAACGUCAGCAACCUGUCCCAACUAGAAAACGAGUUGAGAGCAGCAUCAAACUCCUGCGCCGUGGUCUUCUUUACUUCAUCCACCUGCCCGCCUUGCAAAGUCGUUUAUCCAACCUAUGAUGAGCUCGCAGAGGAAGCCGGUGAAAAUGCCAGACUCAUCAAAGUCGACAUUGGCUCAGCCUACGAUGUGAGCAUGAAGUACAGUGUUCGCGCAACACCAACUUUCAUGACCUUCCUGAAGGGACAGAAACAGGAUCAAUGGAGCGGUGCCAGUCCGGCCCAGCUCAAAGGCCAUGUGCGGAUGCUCCUUGAGAUGGCACACCCAACGCAUCCCCAUCGCCGCCUGCGACUCCCCAGUCUGCAGAGGAACAUCACCCAUUUCGUCAUGUAUAAAAAGGUCCCACCACUGGAUAAACUUGUGCAGAAGCUUCCAAUGGCAUUCAAAGAGGCCCCGAGUGUGGCGCCCAUCAUCAACUUCGUCAAAGCUCGUCACUCCGCGAGCAAUGACAAGACGCCUGCAGCAGAUACUCGAGUCCCCGAUCUCCACGCCUUUGCUGCAACUUUGCAAUCCACAUACGCCACUCUCCCCGGCGACAGCCAUUUCGCAAUCGUCGACCUCGUCCGUCUUCUCUUCCUCGACCCCCGCGUGAGCGGCUACUUUGCCGAAGAAGCCAACCACGCCACCCUCCUCACUCUCAUCGCGCCCCUCUCCCAAGAAGACCUAUCAUCAUGCCCUUACAACCUGCGCAUCGUCGCGCUUCAGCUCGCGUGUAACCUUUUCAGCACCCCCCUCUAUCCAGAUCAACUCGCCUUGCCCUCAUCUCCCUUACGAGAAACCUGUCUCCGGCUUGCGACCAACUCCCUGCUAGACUCUCAGUCCAACCUGCGCGUGGUGGCUGCCUCAUUCGCCUAUAAUCUCGCAGUAUUUAAUCAUAAUGCCCGCUUUGAUGGGCAUCCUGAUCGUCUGCCGGAAGAAGACCAGGUGGAGUUGACCGCCUCCCUGCUGGAAGCUGUCUCGCGUGAAGAUCAGAGCCCGGAAGCUUUGCAUGGUCUUUUGUUUGCACUUGGUCUGUUUGUUUAUGAGGCUCCGGUCGAUGGGACUCUGAUUGAUCUUUGUCGUGCAAUGGGUGUUAAAGAGGUGGUGUCUGCCAAGACCAAGGUGGCGGCUGUGCAGAACGAGCCACUGCUCAAAGAAGUGGGCGAGGAGUUGUUUGGUAAAGGGCUUUAG